CACAAUCUCUCCAGCCUGUUGCUUGAGCAGCCGCUGGCCGCUAGGGGCGCUGCUGAGAAGCCUGCCGGACCUCAUUGCGGAGCUGGUGCGUCUCGCCCCAGCAGCGACAUGAGCUUCUCCGAGGCGCGCGCCUUCCAGCUCCUCCUGCUCCUGGCCGGCAACUGUCUCUCGGCCGCCGACUCUUCAGCAUCUCCUAGCACCGCAACAGAAACUACCAGCCAGCAAACUCCAGCGAGUGCCACUUCACGCCGCACAGUAUCAGAAUAUGCAACAUACACCACAGUUUCAUCUACAUCUACAGAAGAUGCUAAGGAACAGAAGGAGGAAAUCCCUGUUUUAGAAGUAAUGAAGUAUAAUAUCACCAUAAAAGAAUUUUCUACCAAUGAUGUGCUGACAAGUGUCACUUUAGCAAAGCCAACUAUUCUGGAACUAUUAUGCACGUUAGACAUCGACACUUUCACAGAAAAGGCAACGAUUGGGGUCACGUGGAGGAUGGGUAACACAACAGUCAAAGAUGACAAUGUCACUAAGUACCAAAACAUUUGGAGCAGUCAAUAUACAGCACAGAUCAAAAACAAAGACCAGUUGGGAAAUUACACAUGUGUCUUCAAGACUGAACAAAAAGCAGAAGGUAGAUUUGAUGUGCAAGUGCCAAAAACAGAAGGAAAAUCCAAGACUAUAAUUAGUUAUGUAGGUGAUUCUGCAGUCAUGAAAUGCAGCAGUGGCAAAUACAUUCCCUUCGACUGGAUCUGGUAUACAAAGAACGGAAGUGAAAAGGUGAUUAUUAAUAGCACGCUGAGGCCAGAAAAAUAUGACGUCUUCCCAAAAAAUCACAAUAUGACAAAACUGAAGGUGAUGGGUAUCACUGAGAAGGACGGAGGUCUUUACUGGUGUGAAGCUGUAUUUGUGCAACUAGGUGAAAGCACGGGAAACACAUCCCUUAAAGUUCUAACCUACAUGGAGCCUCUCAAACCAUUUCUUGCAAUAGCGGCUGAAGUCAUUAUUCUCGUAGCUGCUAUUUUCAUCUAUGAAGUAUACACCAAAAAGAAAGAACCUGUUGCUGAAGGUGAAAAAGAAUGUGAACAAACGGAACAACUAAAAUCAGAGGACAGCAAUGGUGUGGAAAAUAGUACUACUAGACACAGAAAAAUUUAAGGACCUUGGGAGAAGAUGGUAAGUCCAAGGGUGGACAAAGGAAACAAAUACAUCGUAUAAGAAAACUACGGGAAAAUGUAUUCAGCAAAGCCAUUGAUAACUGGCAUCUGGUGACAGCCUUUUAGAUGUGUUAGAAAAUAUAAUAUUGCUUAGAAAAUGCCUUUUUAUUAAUGGAUGUAUCAAGAUGAUACUAACUCGUACGCAUCAUCACACAAAUACUGUUUGCUUCUCUUUGGUUAUUCUGUUACACCAAACUGAGUCUUUUUGGCUACUGUUUGCGUCAACCUUCAGGCAUUAGUCUAAUAACUGUUCUUUUUAAAUAUGAGCUUAG